UAGCUAACGUAAGCUAGUUAACAAGCAAGCUGGGCCUCACCAACUUCUCGCUGCGCUUGUGAAGCUAGGCUAUCAUGCUAGCAACGCCGUUUCCUGUGCUCAGUCUAAUCUAGAGAAAGUUGAUCAUGCAUAUAAACCAGGUGGACGGGCGGGCUGGAAGGCCAGGCCAGUUCAGAAGAACAAGAUGAGCGUAAAUAUUCUUCGGCAAGAAGAGUUGAUUGCGCAGAAGAAAAGGGAAAUUGAGGCAAAGAUGGCUGCACAAGCAAAGAAUAGCCCCCAGGCUCCCAGUAAGCCACUUCCCCCAAGCUCUCCAAGUUCGCAGGGUCCCUCUUCCAACAAAUUUACCAAUGAUGGCAGCUUCCUCCAGCAGUUUCUGAAGAUGCAGAAGGACAAACCGGUCUCAGACUCGGGGUCCAACAGUGAGUCCCUAGGCGAAGCGGCCUCCGCCCCAGGGCCGUCCUCCGGGGCCGCACAACCACAGAAGAAGAGCAUCCUGAUCGGGAAACGGCCCGGCUUGGGCAUCAGCAGCAUGCUCAACCAGUUCAAGAAUUACUCCCAGGCGAAGAAGGCCCCGCCGCGCCCGCCGCGGCCCAGCAUCUUCCUCUCGCCUGACGACGAAGACGAGGAAACCGACGAUUCGCACUUCCUGGAGGUCAAAGUUUCCCCCCCAGAGGACCCCGACGUCCGCAUCAUCCUGGACAAGAUGGCCGUGUUUGUGGCUGAAGGGGGGCCUGAGCUGGAGAGGAAGGCCAUGGAGGACUACAAAGACAACCCCGUUUUCUCGUUCUUGUAUGAUAAAAAUAGCCGGGACUAUCUGUACUACAGAAAGAAAGUUGCCGAAAUAAGAAAGGAAAACCCAAAACCAGAGACGCCCUCACGCCCCACUGUCUCCCCCCCAGUGGACGAGGAAACCCAGCGGGUGGCCGAGAAGCUGGCCAGGUUUGUGGCGGAUGGCGGCCCUGAGGUGGAAGCCAUCGCCGCCCAGCACAACCGAGACAACCCCGCCUUCAGGUUUUUGUACGAGCCCAAUAGCGCGGCUCACCGCUUCUACCGGGACAAGGUGGAGGAGUUCCGACAGGGCUCCCGGAGUCCGAGCCCCCCGCCCCCCCCGGCCAGAGAUCCCGCCGUGGCGCUAAAGAGGCCGGCCGGCCUGCCUGGCCCCCCGCCCGCCUUCUACCCGCCCCCGUUCAGCCCGGCGGGUCUGGCCCCCCCGCCCGCGCAGGACGGCGACGCUGCUCCCACCGCCACCAAGAGGAAGAGGAAGAGCCGCUGGGGGUCUGAGGACGACAAAGUGGACCUCCCCAUUCCUCCCAUCAUCAUCCCGCCCGAGGCAGCGCCGGAGCCCGAGGGCCCCUCCCUGUCCGUUCAGGAGCUGAGAGGACUGGGGUACAAGAAGGGCAAGCCGGUGGGGCUGGUGGGGGUGACAGAACUCUCCGAAGAUCAGAAGAAACAGCUCAAAGAGCAGCAGGAGAUGCAGGAGAUGUUUGACAUGAUCAUGAAGCACAAGCGGGCGAUGCAGGAGAUGCAGGUGAUGUGGGAGAAGGCGGUGCGGGACCACCAGCACGAGUACGACAGCGACGAGGAGGUCGACCAGGACGACGGCACCUGGGAGCACCGCCUGCGGCAGAUGGAGAUGGAGAAGACCCGGGAGUGGGCGGAACAGCUGACUGAGAUGGGAAAGGGGAAGCACUUCAUCGGGGACUUCCUGCCUCCCGACGAGCUGGAGAGGUUCAUGGAGACCUUUAAGGCUCUGAAGGAAGGACGUGACCCGGACUAUUCCGAGUACAAGGAGUUCAAGCUGACUGUGGAGAACAUCGGCUUCCAGAUGCUCAUGAAGAUGGGCUGGAAGGAUGGGGAUGGCCUUGGCUCUGAUGGACAGGGAAUCAAGAACCCUGUCAACAGGGGCUCUACGGCAGUGGACGGUGCGGGGUUCGGAGUCGACCGCCCCGCUGAGCUGUCCAACAAUGAUGACGAGUACGAUGCGUUCCGCAAGAGGAUGAUGCUGGCCUACCGCUUCAGACCAAACCCCCUGAACAAUCCAAGGAGACCAUACUACUGAGCAAGUCAGCCAGACAUGUUGGGAGUGAUUUAUUCUCUCUUUCUGAUCGUCUGACAUCCUCAUCGAUAGCCGAGAAAGUCGCGUCGGCUGAAGACAUUUCGAACGAGUGGAGCUCCGGCUGUUCUCUGCAUUCAGACCCCAGGAUAGAAUCAUUUAGCGUCCUUUCUGAAAACACACCUAAUACAUAAUCAUGGGUGGUGAGAUUGAAACCAUCCCUUACAGCAACAGAGUAAAUGGCCAGUGAUAUUUCUUGUAAACCAAAUACUGCAUAUUUAUAGCGGUUUGAGCUGAACUGGGUUAGGUCAGUACAUUGGUCAGUGCACACUCUUGGGGCCUGUUUAUGACCGUAAUGACUGCAAUUGGAACUCCGAAUACAAUUCAACUGUUUGUCUGUCCGGAGCAUUUUCCAAUCACUGCUAAUCCAAUAGCCAGUGGCUGAAUGGUGUGUUCGUUCAUUUUAAUUUUUUUUUAUUAAUCAUUUUAUGGGGGUUUAAAGAGUUUAUUGCAGUUUCAUUGUAAACAGUAUUCGACGCUUACUUGCAAACCAAUAUAAUUGGACACAAAAUUAGUUUGUUUUGGUGUCCUGUUACAAGUGUUAACAUUGUUCAUGUGUCACGCUUAUGUUUCAAAUAAUACAUAGAAGCUAAGAAUUUGAAAUUCUUCCCUGUUAACAAUAAAGUCUCACGUGUCUUA